AUUCAUCCGAUCCGGCAUCUCUCUAAACCGCUCAUCUUAGCCAAACGGUCGCACGCUAGAUCGCUCUCCGUUUGCAGCUCCUCUUCUCCUUAGGUCGGACGUCUAGUAUCCCGAGGGCCUCAUAAUUGCCGUAGACAGCCCUGUAUGCAAUGAAUUGUUAAUUGAUCUCAAAAGGAUUUGAAUAUGAGCCGCAGCUGGGGAAAGCUUCCUCGUUGCUCUAUCGGCAGUAUAUCACGCCAACAAUCUUUCAUUACUUCUGCAUUUUCAACUUCAUCCGGCGACGGUGGCGGAUAUGGCCGGGGUGGCGGUGGAUUCGGCUCUGGUAGCUCUUCCGUUUUUGGAUUUACGCCAAACCAAAAUGAGUCCGGUGAUUCAAAGGAUGACGAGUCAGCUUCUGCAGGGAAACAUAGUGGAAUUGGGCACGGCCGUGGUAGCAGCAAGCCCUUAUUUUCCUUUGUGCAUGAUAGUAAUGGCCCUGCUGGACGCGGCCGAGGCAUCCGAGGCCCCGCUUCUGCUCCACGACCCCAAUCUCAGGAGCAGAUGCCUCCUAAACUGCCACUUUCCAACAGCCCUUCGUUUUUUGUAAAAGAAGAAGACUCUCCGGAUUUCCGAGCCAAAGCAUCUGUUGAGUCCAGUGAUGCAGCCAGUCUCCUUCCUUCGAAUAUCAUCUCUGUUUUAUCUGGUGCGGGCCGUGGAAAGACCAUUCAAACUUUUCCUGAAAAACCCAAGGAAGAAAACAGGCAUCUAAGGGAGAAGCAAAAUCCUCAAACUAGUUGGCAGAGACCAGUUCCCGGUGGCCCUGAAAACAGCAGACCUUCUGGCCAAAGAUUCAACAGAGAUGACACGAAUAGUGGGACUGCUCAUGGUGGACAAGCAAGAAGUGGCAAUGGUGAAUGGAGGGGAAGAGGAGGAACCAUUCCAUGGAGGGGACGUAGCGGGUUUAGUGAACGGGGGAGAGGGGGAAGAGGAGGGAGAGGGGGCAGAGGCAGAGGAGGGAGAGGAAGUGGAGAGGGUAAAGUACAAGAAGAUGUUGGUGAGAAAUAUGGUGAUAUCUUCAACGUUGGUGAUGCUGCUGCUGCUGAAAAGCUGGCUCAAGAGAUUGGUCCUGAUAUUAUGAGCCAAUUAGCUGAAGGCAUUGAAGAAAUUGCUCCUAGAAUUUUCCCAUCUCGUAUAGAGGAUGCUUAUCUGGAUGCUCUUGAUACCAAUUUAAAGAUUGAAUGUGAAGAAGAGUACAUGAUGGGAGAAUUUGACAGGAAUCCCGAUAUUGACGAGAAACCUCCUAUUCCAUUGAGAGAUGCCCUUGAGAAGAUGAAGCCAUUCCUUAUGGUGUAUGAAGGAAUUGAAAGCCAAGAAGAGUGGGAGGAAGCCAUGAAAGAAACGAUGGAGGUCAGGCUCCCGCUUAUAAAAGAGAUAGUUGACCACUACAGUGGCCCUGACAGAGUAACAGCAAAGCAGCAGCACGAGGAACUGAAAAGAGUUGCAUCUACUCUUCCACAAAGCGCACCCAAUUCAGUGAAGAUGUUCACAGACCGUGCUGUUCAGUCACUUCAGAGCAAUCCGGGUUGGGGAUUCCACAAAAAGUGCCAGUUCAUGGAUAAGCUGGCGUACCGGGUUUCUCAGCAAUAUAAGUGAGAACCCAGUGGGUUCACUCAGCAAUAAUUCGUUUAAAAAGAUGAGAAGGCGAACAUCUGUUUUGGGUAUUGCCUCAUCAAGUGGACAUGCUGUUUCACCCGUUUAGUUUGAUCGAAAUCCAAAAUGUUCAAUAACAAGCCCGCUGCUUUCUUGUUAGGUGUUUUUUCUAUUCAUUGUACAUGAUGAUGAUUCGGUACAGGGCCGGUCAUGUCUACUUUCUGGUUUAUGGGCGAGAUAAUAUUUUAGGCUUAUAUUCAAGAAAAACAUUUUUUUACGGAAUUUUCAAUAUUCGAUUUCUUAACAAAAACAAUAUUUUCUAUCGAUC